UGUGGACCUGCCCUGCUGUGGCUGACGCAGAGGGCGCCCUCACCCUCCGGAGUCCAGAGGGAUUCUGUCAUCUUAAAGGACCCGCCCUAAUGACGUCACCGCACACGCUUCCUUGACAACCGGCCAGGAAGAGGGUUUCUCGCGAGAGUUCAGCGGGGCCUCCUCGCGAGAUCUGGAGAGCCGCUAGCGUGUGUGGAUUCCCCCAAGAUGGCGGCGCCGCCAGACGAGGAGACCCUGGAGUCUCGGAUCAACAAGGCCACCAACCCCCUGAACAAGGAGCAGGACUGGGACAGCAUCCGCGCCUUCUGCGAGCAGCUCAACAAGGACCUGGAGGGCCCUCAGCUGGCCACCCGGCUGUUAGCCCACAAGAUCCAGUCUCCGCAGGAGUGGGAGGCCAUGCAGGCCCUGACGGUCCUGGAGACGUGCAUGAAGAACUGUGGGAAGCGUUUCCACAGCGAGGUGGGGAAGUUCCGUUUCCUUAAUGAGCUCAUCAAGGUGGUGUCGCCCAAGUACCUGGGCACGCGUGCUCCGGAGAAGGUGAAGUCGAAGGUGCUGGAGCUGAUGUUCAGCUGGACGGUGGGCCUGCCCGACGAGGUCAAGAUCUCGGAUGCCUACCAGAUGCUGAAGAAGCAGGGGAUCGUGAAGCAGGACCCGGUGCUCCCCGACGACAAGCCCCUGCCCCCGCCGCCCCCCCGGCCCAAGAACGCCAUCUUCGAGGACGAGGAGAAGUCGAAGAUGCUGGCCCGCCUCCUGAACAGCACUCACCCCGAGGACCUGCGGGCGGCCAACAAGCUGAUAAAGGAGAUGGUGCAGGAGGACCAGCGGCGCAUGGAGAGGAUCUCGAAACGGGUCAACGCCAUCGAGGAGGUGAACAGCAACGUGCGGCUGCUGACGGACCUGCUGCACGGGUACAGCCACGACACCACCACCCCCAGCAACGAGGAGCUCAUCAAGGUCAGGGGGCCUUCCUCCUCCCCCCUCCCUCUGGUGUGGCCUCAGUCCUCCGACAGCGUGGACACGCCCCUCCCAGCAGCACUCCUGAAGCCAGCGGUGACCGCGCCCUCGCAGGCCCCGCCCCCCGGUGCGGCCACGCCCACGGCCACGCCCCCCGGCAGCAAGGCCCUGGAGGAGCUGGAGCAGCUGGGCAAGAGCCUGAUGCAGAAAUCUCUGCCCCCGGAGAACCUGCAGGUCAAAUGGGACAAGCAGCAGUCUCUGCCCAAGCCCACACUGCGGGACCUGCAGCACAAGGCCCAGCCCGGAUCCAGCCCGGUUCUGCCGCCAGCCUUCCCCUCCGAGCUGCCUGCGCAUCUCCUCGGCCCCCAUCCCAGCAUGGGGGCUCCUGCGGCGGGGCAGGGCGCCCCCCUGCAGCCUGACAUCUCCCUGGCCAACGUCACUGUGCCCCUGGAGUCCAUCAAGCCCAGGGUGCUGUUCCACUUCGCCCGGGACUGCCCCCCGUCCCGCCCCGACGUCCUGGUGGUGGUGAUCUCCAUGAUCAGCACGGCGCCCGUCCCCGUCCGGAACAUCGUCUUCCAGUCCGCCGUGCCCAAGGUGAUGAAGGUCAAGCUGCAGCCUCCCUCCGGGACCGAGCUCCCAGCCUUCAACCCCGUCGUGCCUCCUGUGGCCAUCACCCAGGUGCUGCUGCUGGCCAACCCGCACAAGGAGAAAGUCCGGUUGCGGUACAAGCUGACCUUCACCAUGGGGGAGGAGACCCACAACGAGAUCGGCGACGUGGAGCAGUUCCCCCCUCCCGAGAACUGGGGGAAGCUUUAGGAGGACGGACGCACUUCCGGGUCACCUGGGCACCACUUCCUGUGCGUCUCUCUCCCUCCCCCCCCUAUGUCUCUGCCCCUCCCCCUCAUCUGUUACACUGGCAGACUGACUCCCUCUCGCCAGCCUCUGCCCCCUUCCUCUCCUGUGGGGUUUAUUUAUUUAUAUUGUUUUAUCCAUUUCUGUGGUUCCGGUUCACUGUUCUGGUGGGGUCUUGAGGGGUCUGUGUGUGAUGCAGCGGGUCUCCACAAGCUGGAAGUUCUCUCCCUGUCGAUCAGGGCAGGUGCGCGCAGGGAGGAGUCGUUUGGUGCCGCUUCGGUUCAGUUCAGGAGCCGCAUCAGAAAUCGGUUUCAUUCUCUGGUCUCCUGUGCGGGUGCGAACGGUGUCGUCCCCCACUGGGGAUGCGGGGUGGUUUGGGGUACGAUGUGUAGCAGGGGGCCUUGCAGUCUGAUCGCGGCGCUGAGCCAUAAGGUCUCCCAGCUGGUCUUGCGCAUGGGGCGCCCUGGCCUCUCUGAGAUGCGCGAGAGAAUCUGUUGCUGCAGUGGACGGGCCGAGUCUGCUCCGCGUGUGCGGUCUUCACGGGGAGAGCUGGGCAGCGGUGGUUUCCGAGUCAAGGAGGGGGGGGUUGUCGUUAGGAUGGCCAAACGUUAGGUGGGGGCGGAGAGACCGUCCCCUCGGUCCGCCCCCUGCGGCCAGCGACGAAGGAAGAACCGACCUUUUCUGCUCUGGGAAACGAUUCCACCCCCCCACAGUCUGGACACCGGUCUGAGCCCCCCCCGCCCGCGCGGUCGUCAGCGCUGAGGUCUCAGUGAACGUGAUUGCCGAAUGUGCCUCUUCUUUCACGUUGUGUUUUGCCGUUUUCUGUACUAACUUGCCUCUUGCUGUUCUGUGUGUGUGUGUGUGUCCGGCUGUGGGUGCGAGUGUGUACAGGAGCUGAGGUCUCCUGGGGAAAUAAACACUGGUUUAGACGCCACGAGCAGGCAGGACUCUUCUUUCAGCGCGGGAGUGGUCCCAGGAGGCCUGGGCUCGCUCUCCCGUGUCCCCGAGUCCGAGCGCCUCGUUUUCCGCUCGCGCCUCACGUGCGUUCCCGACAGCUGCACGCGGGGGCGGGCGUUCUCUGGCGUACGGAGAGGCGAGUGUGGGAAACCAAGGGGAGUUCUUUUUCCUGCCGGAGCAGCAGUGGGAGCAGGAUGUUCUCCUGUUCCUCCCGGGCUGGACAGGAGCCUCUCGCUCACCUUAAUUCAGAACUUGACAAGGAAAAUGCAUUAUUAUAUAUAUAUAUUUUAGCUUGAAGUGAAUCAGUGUCACAAGAGGUAGGUGGUGUGGGGGGGUGGGGGCCAGCAGCAGGUUUUCUGGGCUUGUUGAAUGUGUGGAAUCUUUAAAUCUCUGGAAGAUUAUUACACUGCUGUGAUUGAGCUUUCACGCUGGACUGCGGCUCUCAGGGAUCGAGAUUUGGGGGUCUUGUGUGUGAGGUGAAGCCUUUCUGUUGGAAUGAAAACCUCCACAGUGCCCCGGGUGAAUUCCCCUGGGGCGAGGACUUCCUGCAGGAGGUCAGUCACCGGGGGAGGAGAGGAGAGGGGGGGGGUCCCUACGAGAAGCACCACCUUUCUGAUUUCACGCCUCAAGCCUUCCUCGAGCUUUCCCUUUCAGCUUCAGCCUGACAUCCUCCUCCUCCUCCUCAUUUAAACAGCGGUUUGUGGGCCGCUGCCGGCCUCAUUCUGCUCCAGCACAGCGGGAGCCGAGCUCCCCGAGCCCCACAGACCCGGCACAGAGACACUAAUCCCACAGCUCCUCCCUCCUGCCCGUCCAGCUGUGACUUUGUAAAUAUGUGGGUAUGGCAGAUUAUGUACAUUUACCAAACAAAUCAACUAGUGCAAAUAUGUACUUAAGGGAAAUAAAAGUUAUUCUUUCUCUUUGUG